GAUCACAUCUGCUUUACAGCAAUUGAAAGAGCGACAGGCAACAUGGCGACUUCAUCCAGCAACAUCAUGGGGGCAGAUGAUGGCACGAUGGAAAAUACAGAUGGUCCUUCCGCGGAGCCUAGUGGCCCUACGGAGGAGUCUUCUUCUCCAGAAGAUAUACCCCAGAAGAAACCCGUGUGUCUUAUAGUCCUGGGCAUGGCUGGGUCUGGAAAAACAACUUUUGUACAGAGACUGACUGCGCACCUGCAUUCAAAGAAGUCCCCUCCUUAUGUUAUCAACUUGGAUCCAGCAGUGCACGAAGUCCCUUUCCCCGCCAAUAUCGAUAUUCGCGACACGGUCAACUACAAGGAAGUCAUGAAGCAGUAUGGCCUGGGGCCCAACGGAGGCAUAGUGACCUCUCUCAACCUGUUUGCAACACGCUUUGAUCAGGUGAUGAACUUCAUUGAGAAGAAACAAUUCAAUCAUGAGUAUGUGCUGAUCGACACACCUGGCCAGAUAGAAGUGUUCACCUGGUCUGCGUCUGGUACCAUCAUCACAGAGAGCCUGGCCUCGUCCUUCCCCUGUGUGGUGGUGUACGUCAUGGACACGUCUCGCAGCGUGAACCCCGUCACCUUCAUGUCCAACAUGCUGUACGCCUGCAGCAUUCUGUACAAGACCAAGCUGCCUUUCAUCGUGGUCAUGAACAAGACGGACAUCAUCGACCACAGCUUCGCCGUGGAGUGGAUGCAGGACUUUGAGGUGUUCCAGGACGCCCUGAACCAGGAGACGUCCUACGUCAGCAACCUGACCCGCUCCAUGAGCCUGGUGCUGGACGAGUUCUACACUCACCUGAGGGUGGUGGGCGUGUCUGCGGUGACGGGCAGUGGAUUAGAUGACUUCUUCGUCCAGGUGGCAGAGGCUGCCAUCGAGUACGAUACGGAAUACCGGCCGGAGUAUGAACGCCUCCACAGAGAGCUGGCCGAGGCCCAGAGCAAGAAGCAGGGGGAGCAGCUGGAGCGGCUGAGGAAGGACAUGGGCGCGGUGAACAUGCAGAACACAGCGCCAACUACAGAGGAAAGCAACAUAGCCGGGCCGAGUGACCUCAUCUUCACCCGCGGUAACCCUGACGACACGGACGACGACGAAGACAGCGACACGGACGACAUAGACCACACCGUGACUGAGGAGAGCAAGCAGGGUGACGCCUUCAGGAACUUCCUGAAGGACAGGAAGGAAGUGGUCCAGGUUCGAAACACCAGGACGUCUGGGGCUCCUGAGGCGCCGUGAGCAGGGACCCCCGCGGUGACCACGGCGACUGCGUUGAGUGCUCCAAGGCAAUGUCGAGUGGAAGAUGGUGGGCAGUUUUGAGUGUACCCCCUCAUAAGACUAUGUAUGUACCGCCCGUAAGGUGAUGCAGCAGGUGAGGGAAGGGGAGAGCGGGCUGUGCGCUUCACCUUUCUCACCCACGCAGGUCCAGAACCGUAAAAAUAGAGUGACUUCAAACGGAGGUCAUGACCGCUUGCAUCAGUGUUUUCCUUCCAGAGAGUGCAGUUAUGUAUCGCUAAGGGGCUCCUAAACGACAAGGGUACGUCUCAAAACUCUCCGCAGCAGUUGAGUUUUCGAGCCCUUGAAUAAAGAAGUCCCCCACUAUUCUCCUGGCCACGGUGUGCAUACGUUUAGCAAAGCCUUUUCAGGGUAAAACACCGGUUAGGGACCAGGUCAAGGGCCCCACGGUGCUGCGAGCCCGUUGACCCGGGAGCGCUUUGGUUGAUGGGCUGUGUGUUGGCUUGCUCCAGCAUGAAGCCGGUUGUCCUAGGGCGUGCUGCUGAACCACUAGGCAGUAGUGAUGCCGUCCUUCAGGGCGGUGUGUGGCUAACACAGUGGUAGAUGGUUGAAAUGUUGAUGCAACAGAAUGUUCUCCACCUGCAUUGGGAAGAUAAAUUACUUAUUUUUAUAUAACAAUAACAUGUUUGUUUUGCUUCUCUGUGCCGGCAAUGACAGUGUUCGCUUAUGUUUCCAAGAAAUAAAGUCACUUUUUAUUUAUCUUGUUGA